AUGAAAUGGAUUCUUCCAGGGACCUGCGAUGCCAACGACGCCGUCAACGUCACCAUAGUCCAACCUGACGAGCAGAAACUGAAGACCGUCUCUAGCUUCCAUCCUCAAUUCACAUACCCCAUCUUCGGCGAUGAUGAGCGCAUCUUCGGUUACAAGGGCUUGAUUAUCCGUCUACGGUUCGCGGCGCAUGACCUCCGCCCGCACCUUCACAUCUCGUACGAUGAGAAAUUCAAGCCAGUUGGGGACACUGCCGCAGUAGAUCUCCUGAAGACAUUGAACCCAUGGAUCUCAGAAGAGGCCUUUGUCACCCUCCCCGACUAUGAAAAAGCCGUGCUAGAUGAUAAAGAAGCGAAAGAUUUCAAACCCCCGGGCAAGUUGGUAUACAGCUAUGUUUCUCGGAAUAGAAACUAUGAGAUCUGGGCCGGCUCGCUGGCUGAUCCUAAAGUUCGACGGUUGUUGGAUCGCGCUCAAAUCUUUGUGUCGCUCUUCAUCGAGGCAGGCACCCCUCUUGCCACGGAUGAUCCCGAGUGGACGCUGGAAAGAUGGACUGUCUACUUUGUAUACGAGAAACUGAAACCUCCAACACCCACAGCUUCUGAAUACUCCAUCGUCGGAUAUGCGACAACCUAUCGCUGGUGGCAUUACCGCAGGGACAAGACACAAGUACCUGUUGUCAAGAACGAUCCCUUUCCCUCUGGACCGGAAAUCCAUCCUUCACAGCUCCCAUCGCGGCUGCGUAUUGCCCAAUUCCUUAUCCUCCCUCCUCAUCAGAAUUCAGGACAUGGCAGGCACUUGUAUACUACCAUUCAUUCGGCGUGUGUACAAGACCCCACUGUUGUUGAAUUGACAGUCGAAGAUCCCAACGAAGCCUUUGAUGUUCUCCGCGACUCUGCGGACUACCACAUGCUGCGUCCUGAGUUCAUCAAGCACAAGGUGAACAUCAACCCCGACCCUUACGAAGCGCACUCCAAGAACCAACGACCACGACUUGUUCCUACAGCCGCCCUCAUCCCAGUCAAACUCCUCAGUGACAUUCGUACCUCAUACAAGAUUGAUUCUACUCAGUUUGCUCACAUUCUUGAAAUGUUCCUGUUGGGUCAAAUCCCGCUCAAAAAUAGACAUGCCGGCGGAGCAAACAUGUCGCGGCUCCUAAUUAAGAAGUACAGGGCGGAGGAUCCUAACGAACGGCGCUACUACUGGUGGCGCAUGCUCACCAAGCAGCGCCUAUACAAACGAUCCAAGGACAUCCUGAUUCAGCUGGAUCUCGAUGAGCGCAUCCAGAAACUCGAAGAGACAGUUACAAAUGUUGAAGAAGGCUAUGAAGUUCUUUUGAAAGAAUUCACGGAACGCGAAGAGAAACUGAAGGCCAGAGGGGAAGAAGAGUUACCAGCUGCUGCAAUUUCAGAUGACGCGAGCGCUGCACCCAGCGGUACCUUGAGCAGAGAUCUACGGGUCAAGCGAAAGUUCACGAUAGAGGACGAUGAAGACCAGGCUGAGGAGGAAGAUACGGCCAAGCGAACAAAAGUGUAG